AUGACUGUUCUCUUUUUUCUUUGCACUCUGCUCGGGAUACUGGCCCGUCGGGCCCAUGCAAAAGCCGUUUUUGCUCAUUUCAUGGUUGGCAAUGCGAACAACUACACCGUCGCAGACUGGCAGACCGAAAUUUCUCUGGCGCAAGCCGCUCAUAUUGACGCUUUUGCUCUCAACAUAGCCCAGGGCGACAAAACGAUUGCCCCAUCUCUGGAGUUGGCUUUCCAAGCUGCCGGAGGUGCUGGUUUCCAACUAUUCUUCUCCUUCGACUACGCCGGUGGCGACAGAGCCUGGUCCAAGCAGGAGGUCAUCGACCUUGGCUCUCAGUACUGCGCCAACGGCGCCUACUACCAUUACAAUGGCAAACCAUUCAUUUCCACGUUCGAGGGCCCGGCAAAUGCUGAAGACUGGCACGAUAUCAAAUCGGCAACAAGCUGUUUCUUCAUGCCUGACUGGUCAUCAUCUGGAGCCAAGCCUGCUUUGCAGCUUGCUCAUGGCGUUGUCGAUGGUCUUUUCAACUGGGCAGCUUGGCCAUGGGGAAACCAGGACAUGGACACUUACAUUGACGCCUCAUACAUAAAGUACCUUGACGAGGCUGGAGGAAAGCCUUACAUGAUGCCCGCAUCCCCUUGGUUCUACACCAACCUUCCUGGUUACAACAAGAACUGGAUGUGGCGUGGCGAUGAUCUGUGGUACGACCGCUGGGUCGAGAUCAUUUACAACCAGCCCGAAUUUGUCGAGAUUAUCUCAUGGAAUGACUUUGGAGAAUCACAUUACAUUGGGCCACUAGUCGAUAAAGCUAUGGAAGCCUUUCACAUCGGAAAAGCCCCUUACAACUAUGCUACGGACAUGCCUCAUGACGGUUGGCGCGCAUUUCUUCCGUUCCUCAUCGACACCUACAAAAGCGGUAGGGCAACGAUCACGCAGGAAGGGUUGGUAGCCUGGUACCGUCUAUCACCGGCAGCUGCUUGCAAAGAUGGGGGUACUGUAGGCAACACGGCCAGUCAACUUCAACUCGAGUUCCCUCCGGCCCAGGUCAUGCAAGACAAGGUGUUUUUCUCUGCCCUCCUUACCUCCACGGCAACCGUUACCGUCACAGUUGGGCCAGUCACCAAGACCCCGAAAUGGAGUUUUACUCCUGAUGACGGUGUUGGUGUCUACCAUGGAAGUGUGUCCUUCGAGGCCGUCGGCGAGGUGACCAUCACCCUGUCUAGGGGCUCGCAACAGCUUGCUCAGAUCAAAGGACCCAAGAUCGAGCUAUUUUGUCCUAGUGGCAUCACGAACUGGAAUGCGUGGGUCGGCUCCCAAAUGGCUUCUGGCGGUGUUUCUGCUACACCGACGCUCAAGACCUCAGAGCAAAAAUGCAUCGAGGGCACUGGGGCCAAAAACUUCGCCGGACUCUGCAAAAAUGCUUGCAAGUACGGCUACUGCCCGGUCUCAGCAUGCGUUUGCAAAGCUAUGGGCAAGCCUGUACCAACGCCAACAACCAGCGGAGCGAUGGGAUAUCCCCUCCCAGGGGAGGACGCCUCGUACUCCGGCAUGUGCGAGUACAACUGUCUUCUCGGAUACUGCCCGUCAGACGCUUGCGGCUACGACGAAGUACCAUUGGCUAUUGCCACUGUUUCCGCUUUCUUGCCCCCAGCCUGUACGGGGGGCAAGGCCAGAGACAGCUCCCUUCUUGACGACCUUUGCAGCUGGACUUGUAAGUACGGCUUUUGUCCCAUCAGAGUUUGCACCUGCACGCAACAGGGUGCCCUGAAAGAGCCGCCAGCUCAAAUCGAUGGUCAUCAUGGAGGACCGGUCUCUGGACUGAAGGAUGAGGGUCUCUGUGAGUUCGCCUGCAGCCGCGGAGACAUUUGUCCUGCCGAGGUCUGCGUUGAUCGGUCUCCCGGCGCAAUCACCAGCAAGGGUGUAGUACCAAAGAGCUCUACCGGAGACGCGGCGACCUGGGCGAGUGAUAACGGCCAAGAAUGCGUGAUGACGGACUGCCUGGACGACAAGCAGGUCAACGUUUGGGACAAAAGGUUCGGCAUUGCACCUAACGGCGGCCCGUUCAAGGACAACUGCGGCAGUGGGAAGAACAAAUACAUUCUGUGCCCCAUCGACGCCAUGCCCAGCACGUGCCAAUGGAGAGGUGGCGAGACGGGGUGUUCCUGUCACGGUCAAUGUCAUGCGACUGAGGUUACCUUGUUUCACUCAUCCCAUGGCUCCAAGAACUGCUGCAAGCCCGGCCAACAAGCCUUCUGCUGCGUGUCAGACACCUGGUCAAACGUCGUCGACUCUUGCUCCUUCUCUGAAAGCGACGAAUGCCCCAGUGACAAGAAGCGGAACGGCUACAGGAAUGUCUACAAGUGUGAAUACGGGUUAUCGGAAGCAUACUGCGGCUUCGAAAAACAGGCCCUCUGCUGUGCUGCUGAAUUCGACAAGUGCCAUUGGAUUGGCAAAGGCACAUGUGACGACAACGAGUGCGCAUCGUACGAGGUUGAGCUUGCCUUGGACAGAUACGGCGACACAAAGUCACAAUGCGCCGCAGGAUUCAAUGGAAGAAAGAAGGUCUUGUGCUGCACGCCACCCCACAAGCUCAACCCGUUUAUCGGCGUCUCUUUGGACAAGCUCUUCCCAACUCUCCCGCCACCCACCGAUGUUCCCGACUACGACCUGGAACAUAUCAGGUUCGAUGGCGACAGCCCCGAAGCUUUUGGGUUCGUCGUCAUCGAUGGGCCCCCAGACGUGGUCACGAGUUUGACGAAGCGGGAUGGGUCUCACAUUGAGUUCCUGGACUGCGAGCCGAGCAAGAAACACAAUCUCACCACACACACGGUUCGUUACAUCUGCUUGGAUGCCUCGGACGCAUCCAACUGCGACGACAUUCACAUCGGCGGUGCCCCAGGGACUAUUGUUAAGUUGCCUGAGGGAUGCGGUUUUGCGACAUAUGGUGUCGUGAGCGAGGUGCGGGAGUCGAACAACCCAUUUGUUCCCUCCAAGUUUCACGGACAAGCGCAUGAUAACACUGUCGUUUAUGAAAUGGACUUCACCUACGACUUUUCUCUGACCAAGCGCACUUCCGAACCGGUCUAUGUUCGCAUCGACUACAGUCACAUACAUGACUAUUGGACACAGGUGGUUGCAGGAGACUCUAUCAUGAAGAGAAACGAGGCUGGGGGCUUACUCAAACGCUUCUGGUCAACUAAAAGCGAGAUUUGGGGGCAGAGUAUGUUCAGAGUGUCGACAACAUUUCAGUGGCAAAACGAACUUAAAACAAUUCGAGCGGAAAAGCUCCCUGGUUCCUACCAAGUCUCACUCGGCAAAAAAGACUUCAGCCAGCUCCUUUACCAAGAAGACAACUCUGGCCAAUGCGGCGGCAAUGGAUUCCUCUCGGUCAACCUCAAAGGUUCAGUCACCAGCGCACUGAGAUGGGGCUUUACAAUGGUGGGGACCAUUUCGCCUUCGCUCAAGUUUGAGGAGGCGUACGGCUUCUUUGACGUGGACAUGAGCUUGGCUGGCACUCUCUCUUUCGAUGGACGCGGUGAGCUGGGUAUCCUGGGUCGUCUUGGGAGCCAGCAGCUUUUCGACGGGCACAUCAGUGAUUUUGGCUGGGCCCACCCCGGGUAA